AUGAACGGAAUUUUGAUCUUAUCUGUUGUCUUACUUGUAGCCGUUUUUGAUGCAGCUAUCGGUUGCACACAUACACACGCUGCAGCUCUUACACAAAUUAAAUCUGUUGGCAUUGGAAUUUCAUCAUCAGGUGGCUGUAGUAACCGCGCUAAUCCAAAAUGUACAUCACUUGAUAAAGUUCGUUGUAAUGCAAUUAGAUGUUUGAAAACAUUGAAAACAUCAUCAGGGUGUGCACUUACAGUUACUGGUGGCACCGAAACUGGUCACGCUGGAGGAACUUAUUCACAUGGUAAUGGCUACAAAAUUGAUAUUUCACUUAAUGCAUGUAUUAAUUCAUACAUUACAAAAUCAUUUGCUUAUAUUGGCAAACGAGGUGAUGGUGCUGCUCAAUAUAAAGCAUCAAGUGGCAAUCUUUAUGCCAAAGAAGGCAAUCACUGGGAUAUCACAUUUACUGCUACAUGUUAA